UCUUAAAAGUUCCAACAAGGUGUCUUAGCAUGGACCCCACGGGUAAUUGGGCCCAGGAUGUGUUACGGUGUGAUCUGUGUGAGACCCCGGUCCCUCCUACAGAGUGUAUGUACUGUGACAUUUGUAACAACUAUCUGUGUAGUCUAUGUGUGGGGAAACAUCUCUCGGACGAAUCCACAGAACACAAAGUGGUGCCAUUCAAAAAGCGGGGAUCUACUACCAAAUGUCAAAAGCAUUCCUCAAAAGUAUGUGAACUUUACUGUGAACAAUGUGGCAUACCUAUUUGUAAUCAGUGUGUUUCCUCAAAAGAACACAAAGGUCAUGAUAUUGUUGACGUGGUGGAAACACUAGAUAGUCAAAGAAAAAUUAUGCUGAGCGAUUGGCAGGAACUAGAGAAAUCUAUUUAUCCAAAAUAUCAGGAGAUUGCAUACAACAUCCCAGUUCAGAAAGAUGAUCUGAAGAAAAACUCCAACAAAAUGACUGCAGCUAUUGACAAACACGCAGAAGACUUACACAGAGAAAUAGACAUCAUGAUCAAGAAACUGAAAUUAGAUCUUGCUGAAAUGGACUCCAAUCACCUAGCUGUUCUAAAUGAGCAUGAAAAUAAAAUCUUACGCACCAUUUCUGAAAUAAAGCAAAGAAUUGCUGAUCUGAAGAAAUUACUAAACUCCAAUGAUGUCAGCCCGGUCUCUGCCUACAAAUCCAGGAACGCCGAAUUCAGACCUCCGGGGAUCAACAAAGACCAGAUUUAUCGACUGCUUGGUUCUCUGUCAGCAUUAUCAAUUAAAAAAGAAGAACAGGGCUAUACAAUGGUUUCUAAAGGUGUUAAGUCCCCUUUCCCGAACAAACAACUCCUUGAUGUACCACAGAUCAUCACAAAAAUAAACACAUCAUAUGGAAAACCUAUGAGAUUACGUGGAGUGACCAGUCUGUGUGGUAAAGAUAUUUGGACGUGUGGUAGUAAAAAUAUAAUAAGUAUGUACAACCUGCAGGGGGAAUUAGUGAAUUCAGUUCAAACCAAGUCCGGGUGUAUGCCAGGGGACAUAGCAGUGACAGGAAGUGGGGAUUUAGUAUAUACUGAUGAAGAAUAUAGAACUGUAAACAUAAUAAAGAAUACAGAGAUACAGACAGUGAUCAAACUACAGGGUUGGAGACCUCUAAAUGUUUGUAGUACCUGCACUGGUGACCUCCUUGUUGUCAUGGACAGUGACGUAGAGAGAAAAACCAAAGUUGUGCGUUACUCUGGCUCCCUGAAAAAACAAACUUUUCAGUUCAAUGAUAAAGGAGAACCUCUCUAUUCAUUUUGUUAUAUCAACAUUAAAUAUAUCAGAGAGAACAGAAACCUAGAUAUAUGUGUAGCUGACAGGGAUGCCUUUGCAGUAGUGGUUGUCAACCAAGCUGGAAAACUCCGGUUUACCUACUCUGGUGCUCCCUCUACACCCAAGAAUUCAUUUAGUCCAUACGGCAUUACAACAGACAGCCAGGGUCGUAUCCUGACUGCAGAGGGUAACAGACACAUUAUCCAUAUUUUGGACCAGGACGGACAGUUUCUCCGCUACAUUGACAACUGUCAUUUUGAGGAUCCGUGGGGUAUAUGUGUGGACAUUAAAGACAAUCUCUUUGUGGCUGAGUGGAAAACAGGUAAAGUGAAGAAAAUCCAGUAUUCAAUAUAA